AUGGAUUCUAAUCAGAAAGAAAAAGACAUGGAAAUAGAGACAGCACUAAAUUCGAAGCAAGAUGACUUGGAACAGAGUUCAAGCUCCACGUUACCAGCCGACAAUGAUAAGACUAACUCCGAUUAUCAGCGAACCUUAGAAAAAAAGUAUUCUUUAUCGACUUUGGGCCAAAAAGAUUGUGAGUACGAAGGAUGGCCGAAACUAUUUGAUCAACCAUUUGGGAUUUCUUUUUGGAGAGAUGCUAUUGAUGAUGAAGAGACGGCAAAGGAUCGUUUUGAGGAAUGUUUGAAAUAUCAGUGGAAACGCUGUUUCCGAAAAACAUAUCGCGGAAUGGUAGAAGAUUUUUACGUUUAUAAAAUACGUCGCAUUAUUGAAAGAGAUCGUAGCAAUAAUUUUGAACUGAAAAAUGUUCUUAAUGAUAUAGAAAUUCCUAAUAUUGUGCUAAUCAAAAUCUUUGAAAAACUGCACUGGUUAGAACAAGAUAUACUGCGCACAAAAUUACGAUCAAAUCGAUGGAAAUCAUUAGCGGCCUUACUAGAAAAAGCUGAAGCUAAUUAUUUUAUGGAUAAGAAUUCGUAUAAAUAUGCAAUACGAAACAUAGAUCUGAUGGAUAAAAAACUUCAAAAACUGUGUCUCACAUUUGCAAACCACCCUGAGCCUCAAAAGUGUCAAGACUUUUCUGAUAACUCCACGCAACUUUUGGAUGAAUCUGAUAUCAGAAUCAUGUUGAAAUGCUUCUGCAACACGAAAUGCUGUUUGAAUUUGUGUGUACUUGAUGUUGGCUGUUUGCUAGAAUAUAUCACGAAUGACUCAUUGGCACGUGGAUUUGUAAUUGCAUUCAGAAAUAUAGAAUUUUUAAGAUUCCAGUCACCAAAAAGAGAUAGGGAUAUUUAUGAUGCAAUAUUCAGUCAUAUCAAACUGAAAAAGUUGAAAACAGUUGUCGUAUUACCUAAUUAUUUAAAAGAAGACUUGAAACUACAAGAACAAAGAAUGUCUGGCACACCUAGGAAUACUACGAGAAGGGCACUUAAUGAACAUAUGUCUAGGACAUUCCGUUUAAAGCCAUAUUUCCUGCACAGUCUUAAGGGUUUUGGUUUUAAACAAGAUCGCUUUGCAACAUAUACCACAGGAUACGAGUUUGCUUUCGCAAAUGUUGAAGAAUUAUCAGUGGGCAUUGCUUGGGACCAAAAUAUUUUUCUUUGCAUUGAAAAUUGUCGCAAGUUGAAGUAUUUGAAUAUUGAUGUGACAGCUCCAUUUAAAGAAAAUUUAACAAAUGACGCUUUGAUAAGAAUUUUUUUUUCUAGACUUCGUCGUACGUUAGAACAUCUUCAUUGCCGUGCAGUAUCGGGUCAGCUUUUUCUCGCUAAUUUGACAGGUGGUAUAGCUUCUAUUUCGCGCAGAUUUACUCACUGCACUCUUCGGUGUAUAAAAUUAUCUGGAUUUAUCUCCGACGAAAUUCUUGAUGCUAUGAUUGCCGAAAACUUAAGAUUUCUGGAUAUUGAAGACUAUUGGAAUAAUUUUUUUGAGUUCAUACGAUCGCUAAAAGAUGGAGAUUUACCAAAAUUAGCUUUCCUGAGACUCCGCUUAAUGGAUGAAGCCGAUAAAGCUGAAUUUACCAAAAUUAAGGCAAAAAGUCAUGUUGAACAGACGAAAAAUUAUGAGCAAAGUGAGGCAAAAGAAGAACAAAGACAGUUUACCCCUCGCACAGUCACGAGCCAAGACUCUGCACCUCAAAAAAUGAAAGCAAGCAAUAUAUUAGAGGAACCAGAAAAGAGCGUAUGUCAUUUGAUACCAUUAUCUACUCAUCGUCCUUGGCUAUAUAUAGCAGUACAUCGGUACCAAGUAUACCAUGAAAAGCCUGGUUGGGUAUUUGCUGAUGGCCAACUUCUCAAAGCUCAGUACUUCUAUCCGUGUCGAAAAAUAGCAAGCAUGUGGACGGAGUUCCAAGACAUGGAAGGAUUUUGCUGCAUGGAAGAUCGCUGUUUGAAGGAGUUUCCUCUUUCCAGUCUAAUUAACAAAUAA